AUGACAAUUGGAUUACUAAAUCCAAUGGAUUAUUCCCAUCCAGCUAGUCUGCUGUCAUUACUGCAACGUCAUACAUUUCGAUAUCGUGCUGUUACAUUUUUCGGCCUUCUCUUGGAUCAGUUUUUAAUUUUAGUUUGGAAUUUCAUUUCCCUACUACUUAUUAAGCAUAACUAUAGGGCGUGGUCACUUUAUUGCUAUUGGAUUGACCUCAAUCAGAGUAUUUCCAGACAAAUAAAGGAGCAAUAUGGUAGAAUCUUCAAAAAAUUUGGAAGUGCAUCAUCCGGUAUUGAUUGGGAAAAGUUAAGUUUGAAAAGUUUCAUCAAAGGUCGAACCAUUUCGGCUGAGUCACUAUCGCAGAUUUGUUGA